GUCCCGGAGGCAUCCGGAACAGAUGCCUGAUCCACCUCAGCUGGCCUCUCUCGAUGUGGAGGAGCAGCGGGUCUACUCCGAGCUCCUCCCGAGUGACUGAACGCCUCACCCCACCUCAAAGGGAGCACCCAGCCAACCUACGGAGGAAACUCAUUUCGGCCGCUUGCAUCUGGGAUCUCAUCCUUUCGGUCAUGACCAAAAGCACAUGGCCAUAGGUGAGAGUAAGAACGUAGAUAAAAAGGUAAAUAGAGAGAUUCGCCUUGCAGCUCAGCUCCUUCUUCACCAUGACAGAAUGGUACAGCGACCGCUUUACUGCAGAAGCUGUACCGAUCCGUCUGUCAAUCUCUCGUUUCAUCCUUCCCUUACUCGUGAACAAGACCCCAAGAUACUGAAACUCUUCCACCUGAGGCAGAAAUUCCCCCUUGUCCCCCCUUGUCUGACUGAGAACCAUGGCCUCAGAUUUAGAGGUGAUGAUUUUCCUCAAAACCGAUCUCGUCCACCCCCAGUGCUUUGCCACCAAGGAGCUUCUUAACUACUUCAGUGACCUCAGCCAGGGUGAUGGCCGAGUCCUCCCCUCGGUCCCCGGCCUCUGCUUCCUCAGUGGAAGAUGCGUUGGCAGGAUUGAGGAGAUCCUCAAAGUAUUCCUUCCACUCGACAAUGUCCCCAUGUCCCCAGAAGUCAGCAGAUUCUCAGCCUCACUGUAUACGGUGUUGGCAGGGCACUGCUUCACCCUCCUGAGGUGUCGGACGGUUUGUCAGAACCACUUCGAGGCCGUCCGAUAGUCCUUUUCCAUGGCCUCACUGAACUCCUCCCAGACCUGAGUUUUUACCUUGGGCCUGCUGAGUCUGUCCGGCUUCCUCCUCCACCAACGAAUCCAACUCAUCACCAGGAAGUGAUCAGUUGACAGCUCUGCCCCUCUCUUUACUCAAAUAUCAAAGACAUGCGGCUGGGGAUCAGAUGAAACAACCACAAAGUCAAUCAUCGACCUCCGCCCUAGGGUGUCACCUAGGACCUGUUUGCCAUGGGAGACCUUACCAGGGGCAUAUAGCCCUGGACAACAUCGCUCCUAGUCAUUCAGGCAUUCAAACCCCUCCACCACGGUAAGGUGGUGAUCCCAGGAGGGGACACAAAACGAAAGCACGACAUUUUAAUUAGGUCGUAUAGACUAGCUGAUGUUUCAGUGUUCAACAGACAUAUUAAAUUAAAAUGUUUUAUAUUAACAGUUAUUUUGUAUUACACAACAAACUAUCUAUUAAUCAUGUUUAGUAUCCAUACUUCAGAUUGAACCAAGAUCAGAUAAAAUGAUAUUAUGUUUUGUUUAGUUAAACUUUCAUUCUGAGUGUUUCUGUUAUUUGUGUCUGGUUUUAAUUAAUGAUGCAUAUAGAUUUUUGUUCAUUUCAUUUUGUGUGUGUGUGUGUGUGUGUGUGUUGUUCUCAAGGUCUGGAUUGGUUCUGCAGUUUUGAUCAGUAUGGUCCCUGUUACACAGCUCUGGGAGACAAACUCAAUCUGAUGCUGGACGCUAGUAAACAUGAUCUGAAGAUACAAAAGAGAAUAAACAACACACGAGAUGAUCCAGUUUGUAGAGUAAAGAAGGGCAGGAUGAAGAUGACUGAAUGUGAUCUUUAUAAUAACAGAACUGAAGUAACAGUCAUUAAUGGGACUCUGAUAGUAAACCCUGUGAUCAGAACAGAUUCAGGGAAUUACAUAUUAACUGUCUAUAACUCAGACGGCUCAGAAAUAUCUAGAGAUCUUCAGGUGAUUGUUGAAGCUCCUAUUGGCUCAGUGGAAGUGUCAAUCACCUGCUCCUCCAGUGGGGUGAUGAGGGUGUCCUGCUCCUCUGAGGGGGAUCAGCUCCUCUACAGCUGGACUCUGAAUGGAGAUCCACUGAAGGAUGGAAACAGCAGCAUAGAUCUGGAUGAGAGAAGUGAUGGAGACAUCAGCUGCAGCGUGAAGAACCACGUCAGUCACGCACAGAACACCACGAGACUCAAACCCUGUUCUUCUUUGUCUCUGGUGUUUGUUCUGGUCUGGUGUCUUCAGCUGAUGGUUCUGUUGGGUCUUUUAGGAGCUUUUCACAUCUACAUGAGACACACGUCAGGAAAGAAACAAGAAGAUCAGAAAAUGAGGAUGAGAAGAUUUAGAGAAGGACGUGAACACGCAGCAGAAGAUUCAUGAGAGCAGCA